CCUGCAAACAUCCUCACCAUGCCCCCCUCUGGGCGCUCGCGGCCGUCCUUGCUCGCCCCAUCCGCACCAACACCACACUUCCGCCGCCCAGCUGAGACCCCCUUCGGCAAGAUCCAGCCUGUCUUCGACGGUUUCGCGCUCGCCGAGACGUCAUGGGCCUCCGACUCCACUGUCUCGAACGUUACUCCGCGCGUUAAAGCUCCGCACAAAACACCUGAAACCAAACGUCGCCGGCGAGACGAGCUGUACACCCCCGCACCACCGGCUGCCGAGUACCACUCGCCGCCGCCCGCCCCACACCAGGACGACUUGUUUGCGCGGCGGCUGGCGGACUCGAUCAGACGGGCACCACUUGCCCCUCUUCCAGACGAACAGCUUCAGGAUGCACCGUCAGCUGCUGCGCUGCCAGCGCACGAUUCAGUCUCCAAGCCGGCGGUGGUCAAACCGAAAAUGUCCUCUCGCGCAGCGCGAGCCCGUGCUGCAGGAAUCCCUACGCUUGCAGCGCGGUCGAUUGCCAUCCCUCCUUCGCGUGUUCUUCCACCUCUGCGCCGCCCUGUUCCGCAGCCGCGCUACGAUCUCCCAUCUAGCCAAGCGCCUGGUGUCGCUUUGAGCGCCUCACGAGCUUCCGUUUCCCACCGUCCCCACGUCGAUCGCGAGAACUGCCCGCCAUCGGCGGCAGGCCCAAGCUUGCGAUCAACAAUGUCGCAAACACUGCCAUCUACCAGCAGCUACCCGUCGCUGUCUUCAGCCAACCCUCCUCAACCCUAUGAGCAAUCCCCAUCCACUUUCCCCGUGUCACGGGACGUGUUGAUAUCCCAGGCUUGCCCGUCUGCCGAUACUCCUGCAUCGACGAAGUCGAUAGCUGCGUCCGCAGCGACGCUGGAGGGCCGCUCGGAGCUGUGGGACCUCUCUAUGGGCACACCGACGGGCAUCUCGAUUAAUCGCCGCCGCCCCGCCCAGAAUCUUGUCAUCUCGCCGUAUGCUUCGUCAACACCUGCUAGGGGAGAGCGCAGCAUCCGCAGCCCCCUGUCAAUGGGAGUCGCAUCGCCUAUGCGCGGCCUUGCACCGACGAUGGAGGAUAGGCGCCACCCUGUACCUGCGGUUGUGGCUGCCGAGGACGUCCCGCGGAAGCUGUCGUUCAACAUGCGUGAGGAGAUUUCCCAGCGUCUGACACCUCCGCGACUGCAGCGCCCCCAAGCACAGUCCGAAUCGCCAGCGGAGGAGGACAGCAGGGACUCGGGAGGCAUACUCGGCUUCCUCACAGGCCUGUUUCUCAACCCACCAGCUCCUCCCAAGGUCGCGCCGAAGCGUGCGCCGCCGCCCUCCCGCCCGGCUCUUAAGAGCUCUCGCCCUGGCCCCAGCCGCUCGGCGGUGGCCGCCAGAAUGAACCGGGACGAGACACGCGUGACCAAGACUGCUCCCAAAGGCAGAGCACCUGAGAUCAGAGUGUCCGACAGCAGAGACGAGAAUCGCAUCAUCAGAGCGGCUCCCAAAGUUAGAGCGACUGCGCGAGCCAUCAGCACGCGGCCCUCCGCUCAGCAGGUGUCCAAGCUAGCAUCGCACCCGCCACGCCAGCCCCUCUGCGAGACUCGUGGUGAUGUCAUCAACCAGGCGACUGCACUUCGCCAGAAGCGCAAGCAGCCGCCCUCACCCGUUAAAUCGUCACGACCUGCAGGACCUCCGCCCGUCCGUGGAUCGGCGCCUCCGUCGUAUGCUCGUCCCACAGCCAGCCGUAUGGCUAGCCAGCCUGCCGCCAACGUGCAGAGCUCGACGCAUACGCAUACGACGGCAAGGCGGCCGCGGCCUGUCUCUCGCAUAACGCCAUUUGUAGCGCAAGCUUUGGCGCGCCUGCCAAAACCCGGCGAGGGCGUGACUCCGGCUGCGAAGCCAGUGUCCAUCGCGGACCACGAGCGAGCACGCGAGCUUGCCAUCCGCAAGGCCGUUUUUGAACGCGCAGGCAAAGCUGAGCUGCCUGCCCCACCGCCUGAAGAGCCAAUUCAGCGAUCUGCCCCGCCCCCUGCUCCAGCCGCCCGCAUCCCCGGCGAGGCGACACGCCGUCGCGCCGAGAUGCAGGCUCUUAACAAGGAGCGCCGCGAUCGCAAGGCGGCAGAGGAGGCCCGUGUCGCUGCUGAGGAAGCGCGGAUCCGCGCCGAGAUCGAGGCCGAGUUUGACAGGCAAGCGCGCCGGGCCACCGUGUUCCGCCCCAACCCUCUGCCCGAGAUGUACCACCGCCGCUAGCAUGAUGUUUAUUGUGUUGUAAUUUGCGACAAUGUUUAUUAUUAUG